CGGCCUGAGAGUGAAAGCAAUUAUCGCGGAUAAUUGCGAGAAGUAGAGUUGCUGUAGCCUCGCGAGAGGGGCGGAGGCCCGCAGGUGCACCACGUGGGAUUGCAGCGGUGCAGAAUCUCCGGCAGGCGUCUAGUUUGGGUCUAGCUUGAAGUUGGAAUCGUGGAGAUGCGGAAGGAAACCCCGCCCCCCUUGGUGCCCUCGGCGGCCCGCGAGUGGAACCUUCCCCCUAAUGCGCCCGCCUGUAUGGAGCGGCAGUUGGAGGCUGCGCGGUACCGGUCCGAUGGGGCACUCCUGCUUGGGGCCUCCAGCCUGAGUGGUCGCUGCUGGGCUGGCUCCCUCUGGCUUUUCAAGGACCCUUGUUCCGCCCCCAACGAAGGCUUCUGUUCCGCCGGAGUCCAGACAGAGGCUGGAGUAGCCGACCUCACUUGGGUUGGGGACAAAGGUAUCCUUGUGGCUUCCGAUUCGGGUGCUGUUGAAUUGUGGGAGCUGGAUGAGAAUGAGACACUCAUUGUCAGCAAGUUCUGCAAGUAUGAGCACGAUGAUAUUGUGUCUACAGUCAGUGUCCUGAGCUCUGGCACGCAAGCUGUCAGUGGUAGCAAAGACUUCUGCAUCAAGGUUUGGGACCUUGUUCAGCAGAUGGUACUGAACUCAUACCGAGCUCACUCUGGGCAGGUCACCUGUGUUGCUGCCUCUCCCCACAAGGACUCCAUGUUUCUGUCAUGUAGUGAGGCUGUAAUGCCUCUAUCUACCUUCCUACCUCACUGGCUUGGCAUCCCCAGCAAAGUGAAGCCUUUGUCUUUGGUGAUGAGAAUGGGACUGUCUCCCUUGUGGACACGAAGAAUGCAAGUUAUGCCCUUAGCUCAGCUGUGCACACCCAGUGUGUCACCAGGCUGGUGUUCUCCCCACACAGUGUUCCCUUCCUGGCCUCUAUCAGUGAAGACUGCUCACUUGCCGUGCUGGACUCAGGCCUUUCCGAGGUGUAAGUGUGAAGUGGAAUCCUGUGAUCAGGAAUUGGGGACAACAGCAGGUGGCUGGGUCUGUUUUCCCUUCAGUGAAGUGCUUUCUCUUGGAGGGAGAAUCUUCCAUCUGCACAUGCGGGGAUUGGGUGAUGGAAGCAACACAGACUGUUAACCAUCUCCCUGUUCCUGGGGAUGACUCACAAUCAGCUAUGUCCUUGUUAGAGGAGGAAUGUCGGCAGUGGUGGACUUUCUGAGUCUAGCAUUCCAGCUCUCUCCUAGAAGGGGACAGUCUACCCUGUUCACAUAAAAAACCACAUAUGUGAAAUGCAACCUGCUGUAGGGUAAAAAGGAGCCUUGGUGGCGUAGUGGUUAAGCACUCAGCUGGUAACUGAAAGGUUGGCUGUUCGAACCCACCAGCCGCUCCACUGGAGAAAGAUGUGGCAGUCUGCUUCCAUAAAGACUUACAGCCUUGGAAACCCUAUGGAGUGGCUCUGCUCUGUCCUGUAGGGUCGCUAUGAGUCGGAAUCGACUCAACAGCAAUGGGUAUGAGUAGGGUAAAAGGCACUGGGCAGGUGACCUGAAUUAUACUCCAUCUUUGUCAUGAUUUGCUGCAUGAUCCUGGCCCAUAUAUCACUAACCUCACUCUAGCCACCAUUUCUUCAUCUCUGAAAAUAGAGGGCUGGAUUGGAUAAUUGAUGCAGUCCAUUGUGGAUAGCUACAUUGUUAUCCUGGUGACGAGGCCAUACACACAGUGAAAUGUGUAUAAAACACCACAGAAAUAUACCCCAGAUGUGUUGGGUUUGCUUUCUUCUAUAGGCGUGCUUUUUUCUCGUUUAUACCGCGCCCAAACUUCUU